UUCUGCUGUGUGCAGGCUUGCUGUGUGAAUGUGUGGCAGCAUUUGCUUUUUGAACUCUCUGACUAAUCCUGGAAUAAUAUACAUUUUUAAGCUUUGUUGAAUCCAAAUUCUGACUCUGCUGCUCGAAAAACCCCUGGAGACUCAAACAGCUUCUAGAUCUACGUGAUUUAACACAAGAAUAAGAAGGGUGUUGCGCAGAGACAAUUGACAAUGGAAGAAGAUAUUGGGGAAAGACUCCGUGAGGCGGCAUGUGUUGGAGACUUGACUUUGGUGUCUAAACUUCAAAGCCAAGGAGUAGACCUUAACAGUAAAAAUUCAUUGAAUGGCUGGACUGCACUUCACUGGGCUUGUAAAAGAAAUCAUGAGAAAGUUGUAAGCUACUUGUUGGAGAAAGGUGCUGAUAAAAGUGUUGCCAAUAAAGAUGGACAUAUUCCUGCUCAGCUGACUUCAAAUGAAAAUAUAAGGCAAUCACUCGGAGCUCCACCUGACGCUGAGGUGAAGAUCACAACUUUGCCCAUCACACCAAACUAUCUUGCCAACCCUCCGUUUCCUUAUGCUGCAAAGAAUGGAGAAGAGCAAAGCUACAGUGAUUAUCUCAAUCAAUCAGUCACUCAAAAAUCUUUUGCAUCCAGUUCAGGUGAUGCCAGAUAUAUGCCCUAUCCCCAAGGUGUUGACUCAGUGGAAGUGGUUCUGAAAGCCCGCCUAGCCAACUGCGAUGAGAAAGAUUUUAUUGAAAUUGAGCUGAACCGUGCAACCUUGGAUUACGUGAGCUUGCUAAACUUGAUGUGUGCUGAACUUAACGUGGACAAGAAUCUUGUGGCUAAAAUACGUAAGUUGCCCGAUACCAUUGUAAGGAAGGACAAGGAUGUGAAAAGGCUACGAGACUUUCAAGAGUUGGAGAUUGUACUGACCAACAAAGCUAUGAGUGCUGCAUCAAGGACCUACAGCAUUGCCCCAGCCAAGAAUACUGAAACUAUUCUUUAUUGAACUUUCAUUUCAGAUUGAUCAGUGUACAUUUCCUUGGGUGUUUUGAAAGUUUAACUUAAAUACAGUGGAACUCGGAUUCAACGAGGUCGCCGGACCUGACCUAAAAUCUUGUUGAAUCUGAGUGUUCCGUUAUACAGGGUGACUGCCAGGCCCCCGGGAAUCCCCCGAGAAUUUGAAAAAAAAUCGCUGAGACCCGGGAAUGCCCCGAGAUUUUGAGGAAAUCUGUAAAUUGCCCUGGGAAAGACCCGCAAAAAUACAUAAAAGUUAUAGAACAUUUGAAAAUCUAAUCGGAGAACGUCCUAGGGUUCAUUUUUGCCGGUCGCGAUAGUGAUAUAUUCUUUAGGCUUUUCCCGGUCUGAGAGUACGUUUCACGCGAACAGGCGGCUAUGACAGCAAGCGAAAGUGUAUGUGUGAUACCGAAGCUCAAUCUACUUUUGCUUUCGUUACUACCCAGAAAUUUGCCGGUAACAGUCUGAUUACUGCAGCAUUUGUCACAUACAGGUUGUCCAUUAGAAACGCUGUGUUACCA